AUGGGGAAAAACAAACACGGAAAGCGAAAGCAAUACCUCAACAACGUAGAUGUCCCGCUUUCCAAAACGGAUGCGAAUGUGAUAAAACCAUCUAUCACCGGCACCGUCCUACCAGCCCCUCCGAAAUCGAUUCUUAAGCCAACAGUAGUAACGAAUGGCCCACAACAACCACAAAUAUCAUCUUCGGGUGCAUCAUCCUCGGGAACGAAAAAAUACAAACAACCCGAAUUGCACACAACUCUUGGUCUCAGUAAAAAGAUAGAGGAGCUGAGAUUAAAGCACCCAGCCGCACCAAUUAUCGGCCUAAACCAACUCACCCCAAGUAGCAAAAAACGUGUGAACACUCGAAUCUCUAAAAAGCUAAACCAUCGACAUGAUCAUGCCGUGUUUAAGAAGCUGGCACCAGUCAACGUAAAUGACACGGUGUUGCUUCCCUCUGGCGGGACACUAGCCGAAGGAAAUGCGAAAUCGAAAUUUCUGUUCAAAGAGAAGAAGGAUCCAGAACCAACGCUGAGUGACUAUCUGCGUCCGAUCCAACCAUUCACAUUCGACCCCCAACCUAUUCGCCCAUCGCCCCUUCCGAGUUGUGGGUUAUCCGAAAACUCGUGGAACAACUACGAAAACAUCCAGUACGUGCUGGGAAUCAUAGAAGAACACUGAACUCGUGAUAC